AUGGUAGGAGACCACUAUCUAUUGCUUCCAAUCUUCCUCCUACCUUUGCUCUAUUUCAUCUCAAAGCAACUCAAAUCUUCUUCUACAUCGGGCAGACCACCACUUCCACCAGGUCCAGUUCCAUGGCCUAUCUUAGGCAACAUUCCUCAUAUGGGAAAAAUGCCUCAUGCCACCCUCAGCAAUCUUGCUCAAACAUAUGGACCCCUCAUGUGUCUUAAACUAGGCACUCAAUACUUGGUCGUGGGUUCAUCACCAGCUGCUGCAAUUGAACUCAUGAAAACUCAUGAUCGGACUUUUUCUGCCCGGUACGUUCCCAAGGUUGUCCCUGCUGAUCAAGAAGAGCUGAAUUAUUCAUCAAUCGGAUGGAACGACGAAUGCAGUGACCGAUGGAAGUAUCUAAGGACACUAUGUAGAAGCGAGCUUUUCUCCGGUAAAGCCCUGGAAAACCAAUCCUGUCUAAGAGAGAAAAAGAUUUUUGACAUGGUUGAGCAUUUGAGGGCUAAAGAAGGUCAAGUUGUGGAUUUUGGAGAGUUAGUUUUUGCAACGAUUUUUAACAUGUUGGGUAAUGUAUUGAUGUCAAGAGAUGUUGUUGGUUUGGAAGAAAAAAGGGCUGAUGGAGGGUUGAAAGGUCUUGUUAGAACAAUUAUGGAGGUGGUUACUGUUCCAAAUAUAUCAGAUUAUUAUCCAUUUUUUGACAGGUUUGAUCUUCAGGGUGUUCGAAAGAAGACAAGUGAAUUGGAGAAAAGGAUUCGUGCUAUCUGGGAACCAGUCAUUGAAGAGAGAAGACAAAAGGGUGGUCCUUUGGACCAGAUAGACUUUCUGGAAUCACUGAUAGAGAAUAAUUUUACCAAUGAUCGAAUCCACCAAUUGCUCUUGGAGCUGUUCACUGCUGGGGCCGACACAAGCAUUUCAACAAUUGAGUGGGCAAUGGCAGAACUAGUGAAGAAUCCAGAAAUCAUGAAGAAAGUACACGAAGAGCUUGACAGAGAGUUCCAUGACGAUUUGCCAAACGAGUCUCAAUUGAUGCAACUACCUUAUCUUCAAGCCUGUAUUAAAGAAGCCCUCAGAUUGCACCCUCCAGGGCCAUUGUUGAUGCCUCAUCGAGCUCUUGAAACUUGUCAGGUCAUGAACUAUACAAUUCCAAAAGAUGCUCAAGUUUUAUUGAAUGUUUGGGCUAUUGGACGAGACCCUUCGGUUUGGGAUGAGCCGUUGAAGUUCAGGCCAGAGAGAUUUCUAAAUUGUGACAAGGAUUUCAGGGGAAAUGAUUUUGAGUUGUUGCCAUUUGGGGCUGGACGGAGAAUUUGCCCUGGCGUGCCAAUGGCUGCCAGGCAGCUUAGUGUGGUUCUUGCUACCUUAGUUCAUUGCUUUGAGUGGUCACUUCCUGAAGGCAAAGAUCCCCAGCAGUUAGACAUGAAGGAGAGGUUUGGUAUUACAUUGCAGAAGGAACAACCAUUGCUUCUCAUCCCCAAAUCAAGACGAUACCAAUAAUAGAUAUUUUUCGCAUGU